CCGUUGCGGCGCGGGAGUACCGGUCAGGGUGCGGGCUACGUGGACGUGCAGGAGACGCGCUGGGGCGACAUUGCCGGGCUCGACGCCGUGAAGGCGACGCUGCAGCGGCUUGUGCCGCGCCCGCUGCGGUCCACCGCGACGUACCGCCGCUUCGGGGUUCGUCCCUCGACGGGGGUUCUGCUCUACGGGCCGCCGGGCACCGGGAAGACGAUGCUCGCCCGCGCCAUGGCCACGGAGCUGAGCGCCUCCUUCGUCUACAUCGACCUGCCGCAGUUGAUGCAGGCGGAGGUUGGCGAGUCGGAGCGGCGGCUGCGGGAGUUUUUUGACGCGGCGCGCGAGCGCAGCCCCGCCGUGAUGUUCAUCGACGAGCUGCAGGCCGCUUUUGGGGCGCGGCGCGGCAGCGGCCCGGUGAGUGGAGGACGAGGUGUAUAUUUUUCACUGGCUGGGAAAACUGUUUCCGAUGGGUGUUGGUGGAGGGUGUUGUUUGCGUGCAGCGUGCGGGGAGAACACUCCAACACGCACGCGGUGCGGAGGUGCCGCGAUUCCGUUGAUUUGGGCGGCGGCGUUGGGGGGAAGUGGGCAGCGGAGUGCAGCAGCGGACUGCGUUUCUACGGAAGUGCUGGAAGGGACUAUUUUUUAAAAAUAUAUAUUUGUGUGUUUGUGUUUGUUUACCUGCGGGCACGAGGCACAGCCGGCGGGCUGCGCUGCUGCGGGGAGAAGGAGGCGCCGUGCCCCGUGGCCUUGCGGCAGCCGUACUGUUUUUUGGGUUCACGUUGUGUUUCUCCCAAAUGCCGUGGCACCGCCAAAGACGUCUGCGUGGGGCGGGGGCGGAAUGAAUUUUUUUUCGUGCGGCCGCGGGACGCCGCUGCGUGA